GAAGAGGAGGAGGCGCCAGGCAGGGUGCCGGCGGCCUGCGCGGGGCCCGGGAGCUGUAUUGAUCUCACAGCAGAUGCAACUACUAGUAAUGCCGGUGUCGAUAGCGCAGACUCGAAGCAACCAGAAGAUGACAGCAGCUUCUCACUGAUAACCUGGAAUGUUGAUGGGCUGGAUCUGGGAAAUGUAAAAGAACGAGCCAGAGGAAUCUGUUCUUACCUGACACUGUACAGCCCAGAUGUCGUGUUUUUACAGGAGGUCAUCCCACCACACCUCUGUCUUCUCCAGAUGAGAGCAGGCAGCUACACUAUUAUUCCAGGUAACAUAGAUGGCUAUUUCACUGUCAUAAUGUUGAAGAAAUCAAGAGUGAAGCUACUGAAACAUGAGAUAAUACCUUUUCCAACAACCUCCAUGAUGAGGAACCUUUUGGUUGUGCAUGUGAGCGUAUCUGGGAAUGAACUUUGCCUUAUGACCUCUCAUCUGGAAAGCACUAAAAAUCACUCAAAGGAGCGUACGAAGCAACUGCAAAUCGUGUUCGAUCAAAUGCAGAAGGAGCCCGAGUCCACCACGGUUAUAUUUGGAGGGGACACGAACCUCAGAGACAGUGAGGUUACUAAGCUAGGUAACUUACCUCACAGCAUUACGGAUAUCUGGGAGUUUUUGGGCAAACCUCAGCACUGCCGCUAUACUUGGGACACCCACUCCAACACCAACCUGGACGCAGGGUACAAGUGCAAGAUGAGGUUUGACCGCGUUUACUUUCGGCCUGCAGCGGGCGGGGGACACGUUGUUCCACGAAGUAUGGACUUGAUCGGACUGGAAAAACUGGACUGUGGCAGAUUCCCUAGUGAUCACUGGGGUCUCCUGUGUAACUUUGACGUGAUAUUGUAAAAAAGAAAAA